GAUACUUACACCUCAUUCAACCGACUCGAUCUCAACAAGUCCAUCUCCGAUGCAUCUUUGAUUCACAAUGGAUUGAAUCAAAAUUACCUGAUUACAACAUUGCCAGAGAGCCAAGUAUCUGCCACAGUUUUGAUGCCUGAUGACAAAGCCGGGCUAGGUUAUUUACGCGGAGUUUUAUUCUAUGAUGGUCUUAGCCAAUAUCAGCCAUUUUUGGGAACAGGUCGCGAACUUUUGGAUCGAAAAACUCAACUUGUGUCUAGUGGAUCAAACUUGACAGUUGUGUGUCUCGACGAUUCAUUUGA